AUGGACUGUGAAUACACAAACCCCGAUGAUCUCCUGAUAGACGCUAUAAUAGCAGGAAUCAGACAUGUGAAGCCGCAUGAAACCAGUUCUUUAGAUGAAGGAGUACUUCACAUAUACAGUGCACAAGAUGACAGUUCUGUGGCUAAUGACAAAUGGGUAGUCAAAGCAACCAUCAACAAGCCUGUGAAAUUCAGAAAAGACACCGGGGAAAAGUCUUCAAUUAUCGUGAAAUCAGUGUUCGACUUGGAUCUCACGCACAGACUCGCAAGAGAUACAGAAACUGGAUACGGGGAUCGAUUAUCAACCAAUGUUCAAAUGUUCAAAGAUUUUCCUGAGCUCAUUAAAACUUCAGGAACCCUGCCUGGAGAACACAACAUUGAAAUAGAUCCAGAUGCCGAAGAAGUUAUUCAUGCACCCCGUAGACAGCCAGCAUCACUGAAACCAAAGAUCAUAGAUAAGCUUAAGGAAAUGGAACAGAAUGACUACAUUACAAAAGUAAAUACUCCAACUGAAUGGGUCAGUUCGAUGGUCGUUUCUCUGAGGAACGAUAAGAUUCGCAUCUGUUUGGACCAGUCCGACCUGAACAAAGUCGUCAAGAGAGCUCAUCACCCCAUGAAAACAGUCGAGGAUAUUGUUUCAAAUAUACCAAAUGCACGUGUUUUCUCCAAGGUAGACGCAAAGUCAGGAUUCCUCCAAAUUAAGCUGAAUGAGAAAUUUUCAUACCUAACAACCUUCAUUACUCCAAUAGGAAGGUACAGAUGUUUUUGUCUUCCAUUUGGCAUUAAAUUCAUUCCUGAAAUCUUUCAGCAUAUCAUGGAUCAGAUGCUCGAAGGGAUAGAUGGUGCAGCAGCAGUGAUGGAUGACAUACUUAUUGGAGGAAGAGAUGUAGAACAGCAUGACCAGAUAUUCAGAAAGGUCACUGAGAGAGCUUCACAGUAUAAUCUGAAGCUUAACUAUGACAAAUGCGAAAUCAGAUAG